AUGGCAAAGCCGCAGCGAGCAUCCGUUUCCGCAGAAGAUCAGCUCUCGGCCGAUGACAUCUGGGACGUUAUAUCUGCUCACUUUCGAGAGAAGGGUCUCGUAAAGCAGCAACUGGACUCGUUCAACGAGUUCAUAGGGAACGCGUGUCAAACAAUCGUAGACGAGACGCCGGAUAUUGUUCUUCGUCCCCAGCCGCAGCACGUGCCAGGCAAAAGAGCGCCUCCCGAGGGGACGAGGACCAUUAUUUCCUUUGGUCAGUUGAGCGCUGGAAAGCCAACUUUCACGGAGGUUGACGGCACGCCUACGGUGCUUUUCCCACACGAGGCGCGGUUGCGCAACCUGUCGUACUCGUCGCCGCUUUACGUGGAGGUCACGCGCAUCGACAUCGAAAUAGAUCCCGCUACCAAGGAGGAGCGCGAGUUUCGACAUCCAGCUCGCAAUCUCUACCUCGGUCGGGUUCCGAUGAUGUUGCACUCGGAUUUUUGCCAUCUGAAUGGCCUCACAGAGUACCAACUGCAGAACAUCGGCGAAUGCCCUUACGAUCAGGGAGGCUAUUUCAUCAUCAAUGGCUCGGAGAAAGCGCUGAUUGCCCAGGAGCGUAUGGGCAACAAUGCGGUCUACGUUUUCAAGCGAGCAUCAACGGCCCCGUACUCACAUGUGGCAGAGUGUCGAUCUGUUCUCGAUCGCGGCAAUAAGCCUGCGCGAACAACUCAGGUCAAAAUCACCCGCGGUGGCGUCAAAGGUCAGAGCGGUCAAUGCAUUAUGGUCAGCUUGCCGUAUAUCCGUGCCGAUAUUCCACUGGCGGUCGUCUUCCGCGCCCUGGGCCUCGAGUCUGAUCGGGAGAUAAUGGAACGUGUCAUUUACGACACCGAUGAUGAGGAAAUGCAGACGCUUUUGAUGCCAUCUCUGGAUAUGGGCUCAGUGAUUACUGAUCAAAACUUGGCUCUGGAUUUUAUUGGCAAGCGAGGCAAUUCUGUUGGUGCCACUCGCGACCGACGCAUUCGCUAUGCCCGUGAGGUUCUGCAGCUCGAGUUCCUGCCGCACAUCGGUAUCGGUGCGUACGAACCUGCCAAGGCCUGGUUUUUGGGGUACAUGACCCACCAGUUGUUGGCUACUGUUCUCGGGCGCCGCGAAGAAGAUGAUCGCGACCAUUACGGCCUGAAGCGGCUGGAUCUAGCGGGUCCAUUGCUCACGGGGCUCUUUCGUCAGCUGUUCCAAAAAGUCGUCAAGGAUGCGCGUUCGAUUCUGCAGCAUCAACUUGACAUGGGCAAGGAGUUGAAUAUUGCGUUAGCUGUGAAAGGUCGCACAAUAACUGACAACCUCAAAUACGCAAUCGCAACGGGUAACUGGCGUGCAGACCGCAAAGCAGCGGUUCGAACAGGUGUAUCACAGGUUCUGAAUCGCCUAACAUAUGCGGCCUCGUUAUCGCACCUGCGACGCUUGAACUCGCCCAUUGGACGAGAGGGCAAACUCGCGAAACCUCGCCAACUCCACAACACCCAGUGGGGCAUGAUUUGCCCAGCUGAGACCCCCGAGGGUCAGUCUUGUGGCCUCGUGAAAAACCUCGCGCUCAUGGCGUACAUCAGCGUCGGCACUCCCGUGGCAGAUAUCCUCGAGAUGCUGUACAACUUCGAGAUGGAGCCCCUGUACGAAGUAACCGCCGAACGAAUUAAGCGCCAAACAAAAGUUUUUCUGAACGGCUCCUGGGUGGGCAUUCAUCCACGACCCGAAGAGCUCGUCACCGCGCUGCGGGUGCUACGUCGAUCCGGUGAGAUCGCUGACGAGGUCAGCAUUGUGUUUGAUGUCAGCCACGGUGAGCUGCGUAUUGGAACAGACGCUGGACGCGUCUGCCGGCCACUAUUCAUCGUGGAUACGGAAACGAACUUGUUGCGGAUCCGCAAGCAACAUAUCGACCUGCUUCGAGACUAUGAAACCACCGGUUAUACCUUUUCGCGACUUGUUCGUGAAGGUCUGGUCGAAUAUCUCGACGUGAACGAGGAAGAGACCGUAAUGAUUGCCAUGGACCAAGAGCAUUUGGCGACGAGUGGCGACCACGCGACCUAUACGCAUAUGGAGAUCCAUCCUUCCAUGAUUUUCGGUGUCUGUGCGUCGAUUAUUCCUUUCCCGGAUCACAACCAGUCACCGCGUAACACCUAUCAAUCGGCCAUGGGCAAGCAAGCGAUGGGUAUGUACUUGACGAAUUAUAAUUUGCGUAUGGACACCAUGGCGCAUGUGCUGUAUUAUCCCCAGAAACCACUGGUAACGACGCGCGUUAUGGAACAUUUGCAGUUUCGCACGCUUCCCGCCGGUAUCAACGCUGUGGUGGCUAUUGCGUGCUACUCUGGUUACAAUCAGGAGGAUUCACUCAUCAUGAGCCAAGCUGCAGUGGAUCGCGGUCUCUUUCGCUCUGUCUAUUACAAGACCUUCAAAGAGGAGGAACAGAAGAAACUCUUCGGGCAGCAGGAAACGAUCAGCAAACCGGAUCCGGCGGUCACCCUGGGCAUGAAAGAAGCACACGCCUACUCAAAACUCGAAUCCGACGGCUUGAUCGGUGUGGGCGAACGUGUUCGCGGUGGUGAUGUGCUCGUGGGUAAAACCGCACCACUGGGAGCAUCCCGUGCCGCAGUCGACGCGGCUGAACAGGAAACGGCCUCAGGUAUGGCCGCCCUAAGUGGUAUGCGAACGCGCAAAGACUGCUCUCUGGUCAUGAAGCGCACCGAGCGAGGUGUUACCGACAAGGUGCUCAUCUGUACGGGAGAGGCGGGAACGCGAAUGGUGAAAGUGCGCGUUCGAACGGAGCUCAUCCCGCAAGUCGGGGACAAGUUUGCAUCCCGACACGGUCAGAAGGGCACCAUGGGCCUCUGCAUGCCCGAGGAGGAUCUUCCGUUCAACGUGGACGGUAUCCGGCCGGACAUUAUCAUGAACCCGCACGCUGUACCCAGUCGAAUGACGAUUGCACAUUUGAUUGAGGCGCUCCUGGGCAAAGUGUGUGCGCUCAGCGGGGUCGAGGGCGACGCAACUGCGUUCACACCAGUCACCGUCGACGCCAUUGGACGGGAGCUUGUUCGCCAUGGCUACGAUCCGCGCGGCUGGGAGCUGCUCUUCAACGGUCAAACGGGUCGCCCGAUGAAUGCGGCCAUCUUUAUGGGCGUGAACUACUACCAACGUCUCCGUCAUGUGGUCUACCAAAAAUUGGGAGCCCGUGCUCGCGGUGCCGUGCAGGUGCUUACGCGUCAGCCCGUUGAGGGCAAAAGUCGAGGCGGUGGCCUACGAAUCGGUGAGAUGGAGAAAGAUGUAUUUGUGGCGUACGGCGCCUCAGCAGUACUCAAAGAGCGCAUGUGCGACGUGAGCGAUAAGUAUCGCGUGCAUGUGUGCGAAAGGUGCGGCCUCAUUGCUAUCGCUGAUCUCCGACGCUCUAUUUUUGAAUGCCGGGGAUGUAAGAACAAGACGCGAAUUGCCGCCGUCGAGAUUCCGUAUGCCUGCAAACUACUGUUCCAGGAGCUCAUGUCCAUGGCUAUUGCUCCGCGGAUGGUGCUGACCGACCUCGGUGAAUAG